AUGGCGGUCGGGAGGCGGACCUUCACCAAGGCGGAGCGAGAGAAGCUGGCUGAGGUCCUCUGGCUGCUCAACUGGGUCUCCGUCCUGACGGGGGCCCUCCUCUUUGGACUGGGCUUGUUCCUCAGAGUGGAGAUCCAGAAGUGGCAGGAAGUGAUGUCGGGGCCCGGGAUCCUCUACGUGCCUCACGUCCUGAUCAGCACCGGGCUGGCGGCCUGCGGCAUCAACUUCCUUGGGGGGAAGAUCUGCCUGGACUGCGCCGACCCCAACAGGUUCCUGCGCUGGAAACUGGUCCUGAUGCCCUACGUGGUCUGCAGCCUCUGCUUCACCGCCUGCAUCCUAGGGGGGGCGCUGCUGUGCUACGGGGUCCAGAGCCAGCUGGAGGACUCGCUGCUGCUGGGCCUGCAGAACGCCAUGCGUUUCUACAAAGACACAGACACGCCGGGCCGCUGCUACCUGAAGAAGACCGUGGACCUGCUGCAGAUCCAGUUCCAGUGCUGUGGGAACGCUGGGUACCGGGACUGGUUCCAGGUCCAGUGGAUCAGCAACCGCUACCUGGACAUGACCAGCAGCAGCGUAGUGGAGCGCCUCAGGAGUAACGUGGGGGGGCAGUUCCUCCAGGACAGCGUGCCCUUCAGCUGCUGCAGCCCCUCCUCCCCGCGGCCCUGCAUCCAGACGCAGCUCCGAGAUGCCUCGCAGACCUUCAACUGGGACCAGCUGAACCAGUGGGGGGGGGGCUGCCGGCAGGUGCUGGUGGACCACUACAGGGGGCUCCUGCAGACCAUCGGGUUCACCGUGCUGCUCAUCUGGCUCUUUGAGCUGCUGGUUCUGACGGGGGUCCGGUACCUGCAGACUGCGAUGGAGGAGGUUCUGCGCCUCGGGGAUCCGGACUCUGAUUCGUCGGGAUGGAUUCUGGACAGCAGCUUCACUCAGAGCGUCAUCAAGAACCUGGGGAAGUGUUACCAUGGAGACCAGGACCCCAACCUCAACACCCCCUCCCAGCACAGGAUGCCUGCGGGACCCUGA